UUUAAUUUAUAUAUAUAUAUAUAUAUAUAUUUAUUUUUUUUUUAUUUUUUUUUAUUCUCUUCUAAUUCUUAUAAUUUUGCAGUUUAUUUUGCUUCUUUAUUUCUGCUCCAUAUUUCUGGUAACUCAUCGGUUUCAUCCAUCUUCACUUCACAUUCCAGAAACAAUCACACAAAAUGUCAAACCCCUCAGAUGAAAGUGGCAAGGAACCAAACCUUGGUAAUGAUCCUCCUAAAGGUGAAGUGAAUGAUGACCUUCCUGCAGAAGAUCCAAAGAGUUCAGAAGAAGAAAGCCGAGAACCGUCUCAAGAGGAGCAGGAGGAACUAAUGAAGAAAAAGUAUGGUGGAUUAGUGAAAAAGAAACCUCCCUUGAUAACUAAGGACCAUGAACGUGCUUUUUUCGAUUCAGCGGAUUGGGCACUAGGAAAGCAAGGAGGACAGAAGGCCAAAACACCUGCUGAGGCACUUCGCCCAAAGUUAGAGCCGACACCACACCAGCAACUUCGUACUCGACUCUCAGCUUCUAAACUGACAGAUGCCGGUGAAGAUGGCAGCAACAACGACCUCGUCCAGCUAGAUGACCAGAGUGGAACACCAGCAGCGGAUGGCGAGAAUAAGUCUUAGAUCAAGAGGCAUCAGGGCCAAGACAUUCUUGAGCAAGUCUCAUCAAAGGUUCCUGCUGAUAUAACUGAAGGUGGUGGUGUGUAAAUCAGGCUAGCUAAGUACUUAUAGAGGUAAAAAGAAGAAAAGAGAGAAUAAUUGCUCGUGUGGCGAAUUUUUGUGCUGAGAUUAGAUUUGUGGUGUCCUAUACUGAGCUGAUUUGCUUGCAUAAAAUUGAGAAAACUGCCUGCAAGUUCUUUUACAAGAAUGUUCACAUCUGGCUGUGUCAUGAUGUACUAUACUUUUUGAUGGUAUAAAGGCGCAAGAUUGACCAAUGUUAAUGAAAUGUUAAAAGACAUGCACUUUUUGCAA